AUGUCCUCUCCACAUCAUCGAUUGUUUGGACUCUCCUCCACAGAAAGUUCUUCGCGUGGCAGUGGAGGUGAAGACGAAAAGGCUCGUCAAUCCUACAUGCUCGAAGAAGCUGAUAAAAACACAAGUUACUAUCAAGCCAUCAUGAUGAGUCAAGAUUCUCAACAACAACAACAACAACAACAACAACAACAGAAAUCAGUCAAAUUCAAACCACCUCCACCACCUCCACCACCCCCAUCUGAGGAAUUGAAUGACACUACUACUGGUGGUGGUGGUGAUAUUAACAAUAGUACUAGCGGCAUUGGUACUAGUAGUACCAUGGGUAAUACUUCUAAUACUCUCAUGAUGAACAAAUCCUUUCUCGAUAGCAUUAAGAAUACAGCAGCACGGAGUCGACAAAGUUAUCAACCAUCUUCGAAAAGUAGACGUGAUGCAGAUGCUCAUCGAUUUUUAAAUCCUUUAUCUUCAUCACCCACUACUCUAUCUUCAUCUUUGAAUGAAAUGAUCCAUAUAUCUUCAUCAUAUAAUGACCCUCGAGUCUCUUCCUUCUCAGUGGUUGAUAAGGAAAUUCUUGAUUCCAUCCAUUGGGCCAAUAAUAAGAGUGGAUUGUAUCCAAAUGAAACGAUCAGUUCUAUAUGGAAUCAAGCCUUGACCAUUCAUUCAUCGUUGGAUCGUGACACUCUUUCCAAUUUUGCCUUCUCUCGUAUUUUAGGAACUUAUUUUGAUCAAUUUGGUUUAGAUUCACUCUUUGUCAUUCACUCGAAUAGUGAUAAGGAAAGAAUUUAUAACAAGAUUUAUGAUCAAUUAUAUUCAAGAGUAUAUACGGUCGUGACUGGAAGUAUGAACCAAUCAUCCAACUUGGAACUCUCUUAUUUGAAUGUUGUUUUACAGUAUAUCAAUGAUCGGAGAAGUAGAAUUCUCUAUAUUUUGAGAUCAUUUUCAGCUUGUCUAUUUUUGAAUUGUUUAUUAUUGGAUUUCAUUGAAUAUCUUCACAGUGUGGAGGAGACAUCCAUGAUGAAUCACAACACGUGUGAAGAUAUUCAAUCUCUAUGGGAAUUAAUGGAACAAUCAACCACUGCAACGACCAUGACAUUGGAGAAUGAAGACGACUCUUUUCAUUUGUCGACCAAUACCAUUCAUACCAAUACCAUUCAUACCACCCCUACUACUACUAUGGUGCAGAAUAAGAGUAAUAGCACUAGUAGUACGAGUGGUAGUAGUAGUAAUAGUAGUAAUAGUAGUAAUAGCACUAGUAGUACGAGUAGUGCCACACCUUCUUCUCAUCAAAAAGAUCAUCAUAAUAAUACUCUUGACAUGUCAACGACCACUACGAUCAGUGUAACCACAGCAGAACCUCAAACUGUCAACAAUCUCACAAGAAAUUCCGUGAGUAGCAAUGCAAGCACAGAUCAUUUCAUUGAUGAUAAAGAUGCAUUGGCAAUGGCUAUUUUCAGUGCUGGUAAAGAAGAUACACGAUUAUCGAUGAGUGUUCAAAGUUUAGAGGAAAUGAAUGAAGACAACAUGAUGAUGACGACGAAUGAAUCUUAUUCACAACAACAAUCACAACAAUCACAACAACCACAAUCAUCAUCAUCAUUAUUACUUCCACCAAAACCAACCAAAAAAUCACCUCCUCCACCUGUUCCUCAAAUUCAACAAAUUCAACAAAUUCAACAAACUCAACAAAUUCAAGAUAAUAACACUAGUCAUAAUGGAAUGGAGAUACCUCAAUACAAACCUCCAAAACCUCAAGUCAAAUCAUUCCAAACCUCGUCAAGUUCUGGUGUUCAUCAUGAACAAGGAGAUGUAGUAACUAGUCCUCCAUUACUGACACACUCCUCUUCUGGCAAGGAUCUAAAGAGUGGUUUAACAACUUUAACGAGUAAUAGUAAUGGAAGUAAUAACAAACAAACACCUCCUCGUGACAAACGGAUGGAUGAUAUCAUGAGAAUGCAAAAAUCAAAAUCAGUUUCAUUAGAUAUGGAUCGAUUUGGAGGAAUUGGAAGUACACCUCCUCAUGCUCUUGAUAAUGUAAUUGUUAAAAAGACAAAACGUGUUCAAAAUAGAGCUAAACCAUCUUCCAAUACCAAUGCAUUGAAGAAUGAAUUAGAAAAAGUGGAACGUGAUGCUGUUCAAGAAUCUAUUAAUAAUAUUGGUGAAGAGAAUAAGGAUGUGUCUGGAGUGAGUGGAAAUGUCAUGAUUACUUCACCUGGUAGAGGUGGUGGUAAUAGUAGCAAUAGUGGUAAUAGUGGUGGAGGCUUAUUCAAAAAGAAGGAUAUUUUAGGAUUCUUUUCAAGUAAGAAGAAUAAUUCAAAUACUACUACUACUACAAGUACUACUACGACCAACACUACAAGUACUACUACAAGUACUGCUUCAACGAGUGAGACUUCAACAAAACAAACAAAACCUCCAAUACCAACCUCAAAGCCUCAACAAGUACCUUCUCAACAACAACAACCCAACACAUCCACUACAUUCAAUCAAGAAGUAUCCAGCAAUAGUUCCAAUAGCAAACUUCAAAAUCCAUCCAUGAUUAUUCAACCCAUUUCCACGACACCCUCUUUGUAUGAGAGUUCAAGUGGUGGUGGUGGCGGUGGUGGUGGUUCUGGUAAUAAUAAUACUAUUAGCAGCAAUACUCCAACAACCACCAAUACUCCAAAGAAGAUAUUUGGUGCUGUACCCAUUGCUGGUAUGGUUGGAGCAGUGAGUUAUAUGGGUGGUGGUGGUAGUAGUGGUGGUGGAACUAUUCCUUCUUACCUUAAAAAGAAGAAUGAACAGUCGACUCCAUCUGAUUCUGAAACUUGUUCAACCACUGCAACGACCACUGCAACGACGACGACUGGUACUACUACUACUACCAAUCUGAGCAUGGAUUCUACAAAUACACCCAAUACACCUCCACCCACCUUUGUGAGAGGAACAGCACCACCCAUACCAUCUGCUAAAAAGAAAGAUUCACCUCCACCACCAGUACCAUCCUCCAAUACCACCACUGCUACACAAGUGGAUCCAACAACCAUAAGGAAAAAAGAUUCACCACCACCUCCUCCUCCUCCUAUUGAGGACAAUGAUGAGAUGAAUGAAAGUAGUAGUAGUAUUCAUCAUUCAAGAGAUGGAGCUGGAUCACCACCAACCAUUGCCACAACGAGUGGUAGCAGUACUGGAUUGGCUGCCAACAAGUCUCAACCUCCUCCACCUCCAGUGCCAUCUUCCUCUCAGAAACCUGUUGUGGUCAUGGACAAUGCAUCUACUUCUCCAAGUGGUGGUGGUAGUAGUAAUAGUAAUAGUGGUAUACUACUGAAAAAGAAAGAUUCACCUCCUCCUCCACCACCACCACCUCCUGAAGAAGAGGAAUCAAUGAUCAACACGAGUGUUACGAACCAUGCUGUUGGCACCAUGACGAAAAAGAAAGAUUCUCCACCACCACCACCUCCUCCUCCACCUGAAGAAGAUGAAGAAGAAUUGGAGAAUAACACGACUACUACUACUACUCAAAUCAAAUCACAACCACCUCAAUUACCACCAUCCAAUACAAAAUCUCCAGUGAUUGGUGGUGUCAAUAUUCUUGGUGGAGGUAGUGUGAAUCAAGUCGUGGAUUUCAGAUCAGCAUUGAAAAAGAAUAAUUCCUCUCCAACCACUACCAGUACUACAACGACUGCUACUGCAACUACCAAUACUCCUCCUGCAACAUCCUCUUCACCCUCCAUCAUAGAGAAACCUAAAAAGCCAGAACCACCCUCUGUACCUUCUUCCAAUGAUAACACGAGUGGUGGUGGUGGUAUCAAUCAAGUUGAUUUUAGAUCCAAUCUCAAGAAACGAGGAGAGAAUGCUGCUGCAACAAACACACCACCCUCAACGGUUCUUACCUCAAAUCAAGAAAAGACAAGUACUACCAGUCCAGUGGAUAAGCCUAAAAAGACUCCUCCACCACCACCUCAAGAAAAUGAAGAAGAAACUUCCAACACGACCAACACAACUGGUAGUAGUACUACUCCAAAACCAAUCAUUGGUGGUGUGAAUAUUCUUGGUGGAGGUAUUAAUCAAGUCGACUUUAGAUCAGCACUCAAGAAGAGAGAAAGUAUAGUGAUGAGUGGAAGUAUGUCUACUGCUACUACUACGACUACUUCUACUACUACAGCAUCCAUGAUGAACACGACAACCUCAGAAAAUACAUCCUCCUCUCCAAAUAAUAAUAAUAAUAGCACGACAAAUUCACCCAUGAUUGGUUUAAAGAAAACGACAAGUCAGCCACAACAAAAUUCAACCACUACAAGUACAGCUGUCCAAUCACAACAACAACAACAACAACAACCGAACAACACAUCAACAACAAGUACACCCUCCAACAAACAAGUAGAUUCUACAAGCAAUGAAAAUGGUGGUGUGAAUCAAGUCGAUUUUAGAUCCAUUCUCAAAAAGAGAAAAGAAUAG